UUCCAGCUUUGCUGUAAAAGAAGCGUUUGAACUCCUUCUUUUGUUUGGGAAGUUUUCUACCCCUUUCCCUCCCCCCUUCAUUCGCCCAGCGUUUGCUGAACCCGAGGGGGGGCGAGAGAAAGAGAGAAGAAAAAGGACUCGGGAAGCCACCAUGGCGUCUGUUUUUACCAAUGGACCCUGCAACCCAAGCGAAGCCGAAGUGGUUCACCUCUCCAGGAGCUUGGAAGUGGGCACCGUGAUGACUUUGUUCUACUCCAAAAAGUCCCAAAGGCCAGAAAGGAAAACGUUCCAGGUGAAGCUGGAGACCCGGCAGAUCAUUUGGAGCAGGGGAUCGGACAAAAUCGAAGGCGCAAUUGAUAUUCGUGAAAUCCAAGAGAUUCGCCUGGGAAGAAACUCUCGAGACUUUGACCGAUAUCAGGAGGAUCCCUCUUUCCGGCCAGAUCCCUCUCACUGUUUUGUCAUCCUUUAUGGCAUGGAAUUCAGACUGAAAACACUCAGCCUGCAAGCCACAUCCGAAGAAGAAGUCAGCAUGUGGAUCAAAGGGUUGAACUGGCUUGUGGCGGAUACCCUAAAGGCUGCUACCCCGCUGCAGAUUGAAAGGUGGCUCCGAAAGCAGUUCUACUCAGUUGAUCGCAACAGAGAAGAUAGGAUCUCUGCAAAGGAUCUGAAAAACAUGUUGUCUCAAGUGAACUACCGUGUCCCUAACAUGAAGUUUCUGCGCGAGAGACUAACAGAUGUGGAGCAGAGAAAUGGUGAUAUCACAUAUGGACAGUUUGCCCAGUUGUACCAGAGCCUGAUGUUCAAUGCACAAAAAGGGAUGGCUAUUCCAUUCUUGGAAAGCAGUGCAGAGAGAUCUGAGCACUGCAGGGUAUCACUGAAGGAGUUCCAGAUGUUUUUGCUAGAAUACCAAAAGGAACUUUGGGCUACUAACCCCCUCUUUGUCCAGGACUUCAUGUUCAACUUUCUGAAGGACCCACUGAGGGAAAUCGAAGAGCCUUAUUUUUCCCUGGAUGAGUUCCUUACCUUCCUGUUUUCCAAAGAGAACAGUAUAUGGAACUCGGAGCUUGACGUUGUACGUCCUGAAGACAUGAACAACCCCCUCUCCCACUACUGGAUUUCUUCCUCGCAUAACACAUACCUGACAGGAGACCAGUUCUCAAGUGAGUCUUCGCUGGAAGCUUAUGCUCGAUGCCUGCGCAUGGGAUGCCGCUGUAUUGAGCUUGACUGCUGGGAUGGCCCUGAUGGAAUGCCAGUGAUUUAUCAUGGGCACACGUUAACUACCAAAAUAAAGUUUUCCGAUGUCCUAGCCACCAUCAAGGAACAUGCUUUUGUGACCUCUGACUUCCCUGUUAUUCUGUCCAUCGAGGAUCACUGCAGCAUCGCCCAGCAGAGGAAUAUGGCUCAGAACUUUAAGAAGAUCUUUGGAGAUAUGCUGCUAACCAAACCGGUAGAUAUCUCUGCUGAUGGGCUUCCGUCUCCAAACCAGCUGAAGAGGAAGAUUCUCAUAAAGCACAAGAAACUGGCUGAGGGCAGUGCUUACGAAGAAGUGCCAUCCACUGCUGUGUAUUCAGAGAACGAUAUUAGCAACUCAAUAAAGAAUGGAAUCCUCUACCUCGAAGACCCCAUCAAUCAUGAUUGGAACCCCCAUUACUUUGUCCUGACCAGUAGCAAAAUCUAUUACUCUGGAGAGAGAAGCAGUGAUUUGGGAAAUGAGGAUGAGGAGGAGCAAAAGGAGGUGAGCAACAGCACUGAACUCCACUCCACCGAAAAGUGGUUCCAUGGCAAGCUGGGAGCUGGGCGUGAUGGGCGCCACAUAGCAGAAAGGCUGUUGACCGAGUACUGCAUAGAGACGGGAGCCCCUGAUGGUUCUUUCUUGGUGCGAGAGAGUGAGACCUUUGUUGGUGAUUACACCCUUUCUUUCUGGCGCAAUGGGAAAGUGCAACACUGCCGGAUCCAUUCCCGGCAGGAUGCUGGAAGCCCCAAAUUCUUCCUCACCGAUAACCUGGUGUUCAACAGUCUUUAUGACCUCAUCACUCAUUAUCAGCAGGUGCCGCUCAGAUGCAAUGAAUUUGAGAUGAGGCUGACUGAACCUGUGCCACAGACCAACGCUCAUGAGAGCAAGGAAUGGUAUCACGCUAAUCUCACCCGGCCUCUGGCCGAGCGCAUGCUUAUGCGGGUGCCACGGGAUGGGGCCUUUCUGGUGCGCAAGAGGAGCGAACCAAACUCCUAUGCAAUCUCCUUUCGGGCAGAAGGGAAGAUAAAGCACUGCCGAGUCCAGCAGGAUGGCCAGACCGUCAUUUUAGGUAACUCUGAAUUUGAGAGCCUGGUGGAUUUAAUCAGCUACUACGAGAAGCACCCGCUGUAUCGCAAGAUGAAGCUGAGGUAUCCGAUUAAUGAGGAAAUGUUGGAGAAGAUCGGGACAGCGGAACCAGAUUACGGUUCACUCUACGAAGGUCAGAAUCCAGGAUUUUAUGUGGAGGCCAACCCUAUGCCAACCUUCAAGUGUGCUGUCAAAGCCUUGUUUGACUAUAAGGCUCAACGGGAGGAUGAGCUCACCUUCACCAAAAAUGCCGUCAUCCAGAAUGUGGAAAAGCAAGAAGGAGGCUGGUGGAGAGGAGACUGUGGUGGUAAGAAGCAGCUGUGGUUUCCAUCUAACUAUGUAGAAGAAAUAGCUAGUCCAACGGGCUUGGAGCCUGAGAGGGAGCAACAGAUAGAUGAGAACAGUCCAUUGGGAGACCUACUUGGAGGAGUUCUGGACGUACCAGCCUGUCAGAUUGCCAUCCGCCCAGAGGGAAAGAACAACCGCAUGUUUGUCUUCUCUAUCAGCAUGGCUUCCAUCACACGAUGGUCCCUGGAUGUAGCAGCUGACACACACGAAGACCUGUUGGACUGGGUGAAGAAGAUCCGUGAAGCCGCCCAAACUGCUGAUGCCAGGCUUUCAGAAGGCAAGAUGAUGGAGAGGAGGAAGAAGAUAGCGUUGGAGCUUUCUGAGCUGGUCAUCUACUGUCGUCCUGUCCCCUUUGAUGAAGAAAAGAUUGGCACAGACAGGGCUUGCUACCGAGACAUGUCCUCCUUCCCUGAAACCAAGGCAGAGAAGUAUGUCAACAAGAUCAAAGGCAAGAAGUUUCUGCAAUAUAACCGGCUACAGCUUUCCCGCAUCUACCCAAAGGGACAGCGCCUUGAUUCCUCCAACUAUGAUCCUCUGCCUAUGUGGAUCUGUGGCAGCCAGUUGGUGGCACUCAACUUCCAGACACCAGAUAAGCCAAUGCAGAUGAAUCAGGCCCUGUUUAUGUCUGGAGGCCGAUGCGGCUUCAUGCUGCAACCGGGCAACAUGCGGGAUGACAUCUUUGAUCCCUUUGACAAGAGCACUCUGCGGGGGGUGGAGCCGCUUUCCAUUUCCAUCGAGGUCCUCGGGGCACGACACCUUCCGAAAAAUGGAAGAGGGAUUGUUUGCCCCUUCGUAGAGGUUGAGGUGUCUGGAGCUGAUUAUGAUAACGCAAAGCAGAAGACCGAGAUGGUGGUGGACAAUGGCCUGAAUCCUGCCUGGGCUCAUAAGUCGUUUCACUUCCAUGUCAGUAACCCUGAGUUUGCUUUCUUACGGUUUGUUGUGUAUGAAGAGGAUAUGUUCAGUGACCAGAACUUCUUAGCUCAGGCCACAUUCCUGGUUAAAGGCCUGAAGACAGGGUACCGAGCCGUGCCUUUGAAGAACAACUACAGUGAGGAUCUGGAACUGGCUGCCUUGCUGGUGGAAAUCGAUAUCACCCCUGGCAAACAGGAGAAUGGGGAGAUCAGCCCUUUUGGAGUUUCGGCCUUCCGAGACAGGUCAUCAGAUUCUCCAAGCCAGCAGACAGGAGGCAGAGCCAGAGAAGGCUCCUUUGAAGCCCGAUACCAACAACCAUUUGAAGACUUCCGGAUGUCACAGGAGCAGCUAGCAGACCACUUUGACAAUCGAGACAGAAGGGUCCUGCGAAAGACACGGGUGAAUGGGGACAACCGCCUCUAACCCAACCUUUGCCUGCUGUAAAGCACCCUCCAGUGCUUGUGAUUCUCACGGAUUGCUGUGAACUGGUUUCUAUGGAAACGUCACUGCUUUGGCCUACUUUCAGGCAGCUUUUUGAGUUUCUCUUCCGAAGGGUGUUCAAGUGGAGAAUUUUUUUUU